AUGGCUAGGUUUGUAGUAGAGGUGUUUUUUGUCCUUGUUUUCUCCGCCACCAAUGCGGCGCAUGAGGAGGUCAUUGAUGUGAUUCUAGCCAGCCUCGCCAAAAGCGCAUCGUUCCUGGAGCAAGAGCACGGUAACAUCAACCUAGACGGAGUGGUCGGGUACAUCAUCCUGCAGGCGGAGUUGAAGGAAGCAGUGAGAACUUGGCCCCACACUGACCCUCUGAGCUGGUCUCAGCGCACCGCUACGGUCACCCUGGUCAAGAGGUUGGACCAGAGCCUGGCUAAGGCUGUCACUGAGCUGGAGAAGACUGACCCCAAAUACUACAGAGAGUUUGAGCCUCUGUUGAUCUGGACCUUCUGGUCAGUACCUCAUGAGUGGAGCUCCACAGAUCCCUCUCUGGCCUACUCCUCCGGUCGUACCAUGGAGUGUUACGAUGAGACACAGAGCGACAAGUGUAUGACCCUGCUUCUGGGAACAUGGAAGAACAACGGGACUCCUUGCAUCGUGACCAAGUCAUGUCGUGAUACAAUGACGAGGUUUGGAUGUCCUAACUACUCCCUCUCUCACCAGCUGCUCUACUUCAUGCUGGGAGCCAAUAGAGGUUGUUCUGCCAUGUUGAAGGGGGACAUGCGUACGGCGCGUGCUAACCUAACAGAGAGACAGUACCAGGGGAUAUUCUGCUCCAACAUGCUGAAGGGAAACAUGGACAUCAUACAGAAGGACUUCACCGGGGAGACCCAGGACAUCUUCAUCGAAAACAUACUGCUGUGUGGAUUGGCUGGUUUCUCUGACUUUCUCAAAGUUGAUUGGCUGCAGCACAUUCUGAGGCUGCAGGAUCAGGAAGUGGGAUGUUUUACACAGCCCCACAGAAGAGUGAAGAGGAGAGAGAGAAUGUUGAAGGAUGGCUGUUCCAGUCACAUAACAGGCGUGUCAGUGAGCGCUCUGGGAGGAUACCUCAACUACUACCUGACAGAGCAGGACAUCACCAAGAGACCACUCACCUGAAUGUGAACCACCCUUCACCUGGACGUGAACCACCCUUCACCUGGACGUGAACCACUCUUCACCUGGACGUGUGACCCUUCACCUGGAUGUGAACCACCCUUCACCUGGAUGUGAACCACCCUUCACCUGAACGUGAACCACCCUUCACCUGGAUAUGUGACCCUUCACCUGGAUGUGUGACCCUUCACCUGGAUGUGUGACCCUUCACCUGGAUGUGUGACCCCUCACCUGGAUGUGUGACCCUUCACCUGUGUCCUAAAUAGCACCUUAUUCUUUACUUAUAGCACUACUUCUGACCAGGGCAAACCCGUAGGGCUCUGGUGAAAAGUAGUGCACUGUGUCGGGCAGUGUGUGUCCAUCCUCUCCUGGGGACCCCCAGCCGUUCCAUGGUUUUCAUCUA